UCGGUGUUUCGGAAUGUUCGUCUUAGAAAGUGGAAGAGAAGAGCGUUCACGAGAGCUGCUCGAAUUAAAUCACAAACGGCUUGAUUAAUUUAUUAACUCCGAUCAGGAUGAUGAGAUGGAUGGAAAACAUCAUGCUGACCAAACACCUCAUACAGGGUGUCGGCCAGCCGAAGGUGGCUCAUGCCGUGGUGGUGAUCUUCUUGGAGUUCUUCGCCUGGGGUCUCCUGACCGGCCCAAUGCUGGCCGCCCUGCACGAAACCUUUCCGCAGCACACGAUCCUCAUGAACUGCUUGGUUCAGGGCGUCAAGUGUGUUUGCAGGGCUUUCUGUCGUUCAUGGGCGCUCCUCUGAUCGGUGCCUUCUCUGAUGUUUGGGGCAGAAAGAGGUUCCUGCUUCUCACAGUGUUUUUCACAUGUGCCCCGAUCCCACUAAUGAGGCUCAGCCCAUGGAGUUUCUUCACUCUGAUGUCUGUGUCUGGACUCUUCUCCGUUACGUUAUCUGUUAUAUUUGCGUAUGUGGCUGAUAUCACAGAAGAGCAUGAAAGGAGCACAGCGUAUGGUCUGGUGUCUGCGACGUUCGCGGCGAGUUUAGUGACGAGUCCGGCGAUAGGAGCGUUCCUGUCCAUGCGCUACGGAGACAGUGUGGUGGUUCUUCUGGCCACCGUCAUCGCUCUGGCUGAUAUUCUGUUCGUCCUGCUGCUGGUCCCCGAGUCCCUGCCGGACAAGAUAAGACUGUACUCGUGGGGUUCACCUAUUUCCUGGGAGCCGGCCAAUCCUUUCGCUUCUCUGAGGAAGGUGGGGAAAGACUCCACAGUGCUGCUGAUCUGUGUCACAGUGUUCCUGUCGUAUCUCCCCGAGGCCGGACAGUAUUCCAGUAUCUUUCUCUAUCUGGGACAGGUCAAUAAUUUCUCCCCGGAAGCGAUAGCAGGGUUUUUUGAGAUGGUGGGAAUCCUGUCCAUCAUAGCACAGACGUUACUGUUGAGCGUUCUGAUGAAGAAGAUUGGGAAUAAAAGCACAGUGCUGCUGGGUCUGGGGUUUCAGUUGUUCCAUCUGGCUUGGUACGGCUUCGGCUCUGAACCAUGGAUGAUGUGGGCGGCCGGGGCCGUCGCUGCCAUGUCCAGCAUCACCUUUCCUUCUGUGAGCGCGCUGGUGUCUCGCUGCACGGAUCACGGCCAGCAGGGAGCGGUUCUGGGCAUGAUCACGGGGAUCCGAGGUCUGUGUAAUGGACUCGGUCCGGCUCUGUUCGGUUUCAUCUUCUUCCUCUUUAACGUGGAGCUGAAGGAGCUGAACCCCGUCACGCCGGACACUGAGGAGAAGAAGCGUGUGAUUCCUGGCCCUCCGUUCCUGUUCGGAGCGUGUACGGUUCUUCUGGCUCUGCUGGUGGCGCUGUUCAUUCCCUCUCAACACGCUCCGGCCGUGCAGACGUGUAACACGCGUGUGAUGAUGGUGUCUGCGAUCGGCGUCACGGAGAACGGAUCUGUUCCUGUGAGCGACGAAAACAAGGAGCCUCUUUUACAGGACAGCAGUUAAUAAAGCCAGCAGGAACUCUUCUGGUUUGGGUUUUACUCCAGCAGUGUGUCUGACAAAGCUUUUUACCGUCUGUCUUUUUUUUUAUCCUUCAGUCUUUGAAAGAGAAUGUGCCUUCUCCAUAUUUUGGCUUACACUGCAGACAUCCUUCUCUUCCUCAGUGUGUGUCUGGUGUUCUGGUAUAAAUAUCUCAACAUUCUUGAAUUGAGAUGCAUUUACUGUACAAGUAACAUGAUUUAAGAGAUCACGUCUUGUUUUAUCAAAAAAAAAAAAAAAAAAAAGAAUAAUAUUUUGUUAGUUUUUGCAUAAAACAAGCAAAAAUAUCUGCCAGUGAGCGAAGAACAAUAGUCUUUGAAUCAGGAUUUUUGGCAGAUUUCUGUUCUUGUUUUAAGAAUAAACAAACUUAAUUUUGAUGCAUUUAAUAAGACAUAAGACCAAACACAUCUUGCUUCAAGGCAAAUAAUCUUUAGACAUUUGUACUAGAAAACCAGACAGAAAUACUAAGAAAAACCAAUCGUUUUGCAGUGGAGUUCAUGUGCUGCCAUGUAUCUGAAUGUAAACACUAGUCCUGAUGAACUUUAACCUCUGCGCUACACUGUAACACCUGCUUUUAACAACACUUGUAAAGCUACAUAUAGAAAUAAAGGGACCAGAGACCUUCA